AUGCCUCCAAAGCGGCGAUUCAGGCCGCCGAAAUCUGAACAAGAAGAGAAACAGAUAUUGGAAGAGUGCAUCCCGCCUAAGUCUACACGAAGUUCUACAAAGUGGGCUUUCAAAGUCUUUUCCGAAUGGCAAGUUGCACGAGUGAACAAAAAUCCCCGUAUAGAGGAGCGGUCGUUUAAAAUUGACAUCGACAAAGUGCAGACAUUAGAUACGAAUAUCGCCAAUAUGAGUGUGGAAACCUUAAACUUUUGGCUGACCAAAUUUGUCCAGGAAGUGCCCAUGCAAGGCCAACGGAGAGAGCUAUCCGGGGAGAGUUUGUAUAUGAUUGCUGCUGGUCUUCAACGGCAUUUAGGCGAAAGUGGAAACGCCAUUCGACUGCUGAAUCAAGACGAAGAAGGUUAUAGUUAA